AAAGGAAGUGUGAGGGAGCACAUUAUGGAGCUGAUUGACCUCAACUCGAGACUAAGGGAUUUAGACAUGGGAGUUAAAGACUCUCAGGUUGUGCAUGUGGCACUUCAGUCAUUGCCUAACACCUACAGUAACCUGAGAACCUCCUACCAUGCCCAAGAGUCUAACUGGGACUUAAACAAGUUAAUUUCUAUCUGUGUAGUAGAGGAAGAGAGAAUCAGGAAGGAAGGCAGACCAGCUACUGCAGUCAACCUAGUUGAGAAGCCUAAGUGGAAGAAACAGAACAAACUUAAGGCCAAGAAGACUACCACCACUAAAGUACCUGGAAAACCUGCAGAACAUAAAGCUGAGAAACCUUUUAAGUUUAAGUGCUAUUUUUGCAAGAAAAUAGGGCACAUGAAGAGAGACUGCAGUGGUUUCAAGGCUUGGAUGAUAAAGAAGGGGUUUAACAAACAGGAGGACACCAAAGAAUAGUGAGGUCCAAGUCUGUGUGGGGAAUGGUUCGAGAGUAGCAGUUAAGGCCAUUGGGACUCUGAAGAUUGAUUUAGGC